UUGUAGACAUCUGCAAUGAGUGUAAACUACAAACACAGUCAUUGGAGAUGUCUUCCAGCUGGAAUAACGUUUGUGAUUUUCAGGCGCUUGAGUCAGCGGCCAACAGCUGAAGAACUGGAGCAGAGGAACAUCCUCAAACCUCGCAAUGAUCUGGAGGAGCAGGAGGAGAAACGAGAGAUCAAGAGACAUUUAUCCAAAAAGCUGAGCCAGAGGCCGACUGUGGAGGAGCUCAGGGAGGCCAGAAUCCUCAUCCGCUUCAGCGACUACGUGGAGGUCGCAGAGGCUCAGGACUACGACCGGAGGGCAGACAAGCCGUGGACUCGGCUCACGGCGGCUGAUAAGGCUGCCAUCAGGAAAGAGCUGAACGAGUUCAGCACAGAAAUGGAGGUUCACGAGUCCAGUCGUCAUCUGACCAGGUUUCAUCGACCAUAAAAGCCAUCAGACCUCAGCUGUAUUUUUAUACACCUGAAAGGCCGCUGCCAUGUUCUGCUAACUGCGUUGAAUUCAGACUGAUCGGCUGUUACAAUCCUGUCACAGAGAACUGGGCCCACAGGUACCGAUGGAUUCAACUCUCGACUGGUUGUCCCGUCAGUGGAGAUUUUACAGACUUCUUGAUAUUCAGAAGCUUUUAAAUAACUUAUUAUUAUGAAGAGGUGAGGAUGUGUUUACUUUGCAGCACUUUCAGUUU